GCGGCGGUGAAGGUGAUCCAGGGUGCCCUGGACUCCGGCGCCGACCUGGCGAUCUACUUAGCGGCGGGCUUUGGCUAUGAGCUUGGGAUCGGCGGAGGCCGCCGUCGCGGACGCAAAGGCCGCGGCAAAGGCGUCGCCACCGGUGAAGAAGGCACCGGCAGUGUCACCGGCCAAGUCGGCUUCGCCGGCGCCGUCCACUGUAAUACAGCCCGCGUCCGAGCCUGUGAGCCAUUUGGACGCAAGCGCUGGCGGGCAGCGGCGGCCAUGGACUACGUGUCGGUCCUGGCGUUCUAUGCUGCCAUGGGGCGGGGCGAGCUGCAGGCCGACGCCAAGGCGGCCGAAGACAGGCGAAUGCGCGAGAUCCAGGCGCGCUACCCGCAUGCCAACCGCGAGACCGGCGAGGGGUUCCCGGCACUCCCCCGCAAGCCGGCUCGCAAUGCGUCGGCGGCUGUGGCGGCGGCUGCCCACAGAGAGUACAGGACGCUCGUCGAGGAGCGUAAGCAGCUGUGCUCGGCGGAGUGGCGCGCCCUCAUCCGCGCGAUGGAGGCUCCCGGCGCUCAGUCCACCGAGCCGAUCGUCCACGGCGACCUCCAGCAGCUCGCCGUCGCGAACCUGGCGCAGCUCGGGGACAUUGAGCACCAGGCAGCCACCGGCGAAGGACAGAUGAUGCCGCUCGCCGGUGCAGCGGCUUACUUCUUCGUGCGCUCCCUUGCCGCCCGGC